AUGUCGCAAGAUCUAUGCGUCUUUGGUCUUGGAACUAUGGGCAGUAACAUCGCAAGGAACUUUGCUCAUCACGGAUUCAAGGUCGCUGCUUUUAACAGAACAUGGGCAAGAACUGAAGCUUUAUUGAAAUUAAAUGAGCCAAAUAUAACAGGUUACAAGACAAUAGAAGAAGUUGUUGAAGCAUUAAAGAAACCUCGUAUAUUUUUAAUAAUAGUUACAGCUGAAUUCGUUGAUAACGUUAUUGAGCAAUUGAAAGUUUUGCUUGAAAAGGAUGAUGUUAUAAUUGAUGGUGGUAAUUCACAUUGGCCAGAUACUGAACGCCGUCAGAAGGCUAUUGAACCAACCGGCGUUCAUUUUGUUGGAAUGGGCAUAUCUGGUGGAGAAGAAGGCGCCUUAAAUGGUCCAUCUAUGAUGUUUGGUGGACAUUCUCAAGAUUGGGACAAUUGUAAGCGUGUUUUGCUUCCGAUAGCGGCUAAAGCACCAGAUGAUACGCCAUGUGUUGAUUAUAUGGGUACAGAUGGUGCAGGACACUUUGUUAAAAUGGUACAUAAUGCCAUUGAAUACGCUGAUAUGCAACUUAUCGCCGAAACAUAUCAUAUAAUGAGAAAUUCUCUUCAAAUCUCAAACGAAGACAUUGCUGACGUUUUUGGGCGUUGGAACAAAGGUGUACUUAAAUCAUACUUAAUCGAAAUUACAGAAAAAGUCCUCAGAAAGAAAGAAGGCGAUAAAUAUGUUGUUGAUUUAAUCCUUGAUACAGCAGAGCAAAAAGGAACAGGUAAAUGGACAUCACAAGACUCUUUCGAUAUUCCAUCAGCAACUCCAGCUUUCGCUGAAGCUGUUUACGCCCGAGUAAUAUCAUGUCUUAAAGACGAAAGAGUUGAAGCCUCGAAAACAAUCCAGAAAAAUCCAAUAACAGAUAUUUCAGUAUCAAUUACAGUUGAUGACCUCGAAAAAGCUUUAUAUGCUGCAAAAAUUAUCUGUUACGCUCAAGGAUUAUCAAUGAUUCAAAAACAUUCAGAGCAGCAUCAUUAUGGAGUUGAUAUCUCCAAAUGUGCAAAGAUUUGGCGUGGUGGAUGCAUUAUUCGCGCUGAUUUUCUGAAUGACGUUUCUGCACAUUAUACAAAUGCCACAAAGAACUUACUCACGAUACCAUUCUUCAAAACAGCUGUCGAAGAUCGACUUAAUUCUUGGAGAAAAGUUGUUUUGCUCGGAACUUUACAAGGAUUUCCAAUUCCUUUGUAUUCUUCUUGCUUGGCGUACUUUGAUUCUUACAUAUCUGACUCCCUUUCUGCAAAUCUCAUCCAUGGUUUAAGAGAUUUCUUCGGAGCUCAUACUUAUGAAAGAAUUGACAAAAGUGGAAAGUUCCACACUGAAUGGGAAUCAGAAGAGACGAAAACUACCACCGAAACUAAGGCAAAGGAAGGAACAACAACUGAUACAGGAAAAUCAACUUGUUGUUUGUUGAUUUAA